CAUACCCUUAAGCGCAAGCGUACCCUUAGUAUACGCAAACAGCUACUUGGUGCCCAGACUCCGAGAUUCCUUAAAGAAGUGGAUACUGAGACAACUAGUGGCAAGGAUCGUUCAGCAGCGACAUUUCCAUCUAUCAUGGAACUGGAGCGACAUGGAAAGCCUUCCUUGGCCAGUAUUCGCAUUCCUACUACAGGUAUUUCUGGCUCCGAGUGCUUCACGACCUUUAUGAAUAGCCCCAGGAUUCCGCCGAUGCCGCUACCCACUCCACCUCUUACACCAUUCCCUCAAACUCCUCCGCAUCAUCCAGAUACUUUGCCUGAUGCCAGGGCGAAAUCCGCGACUCGUCUCCCCAGGACCAGCACAAGCCUGAAACAAGCGAUAACAUCCUCAAAAGUGAUACCAUCUUCUCCCCUUACUUUGGAAGAAAAAUCUUGGGCACAGGAUCGACUAGCACGGAGGAGAGGCGUUGUCAUUGAAGAGGAAGAAUAUGAACAAUUGCCAACGCUGUUCCAGUGUCCAGAUCUUCCUCCAAACCCACCCGAACGGACACCAGUUAACGGAUCCUCUUUACGAAUUCUACAUAGUUCCGAAGCGCCAUUGACUAUAUCAACAGAACCUGCGCACCCAGGAGUUGUCGGUGUAUACCACUCUCACCGGACACCAUCGAAGCGGAACACAUUUCCAGGCAGCUCGUUCCUGAUGCCUAGUCAAGACAGCGGUCGAAGUGAAGAUAACGAGGAAGAGAUCCUGUAUCAUGCCGAUACAUAUCGUCUUCGGCGAUCCGAUGACUCCGGCUAUGGUAAUGGCUUUGGACCACAGGAAGGCACAUAUUCCAGUGUCAGCCAUGAAUAUGGGACGAGUCUUGCCGUCAACAGGACGGACAAGUACAAUGGAAGUACGUUAGUCUCCCAGCAAUCCCAGAUCAUGCAGUUAUCACCUGCUCCGACCUCUGUGCCUUCGUUGAUGCCCCCUUCCACGUCAUCGGUCCCUUUUGCUUCGGGGCUUGACUACCCUCAGGAUCAAAAGUCUACGUUGCUCGCAUUUCCUGAAAUGAGGAAGCCGGAAGAAGAACGUCGAGAUGAAGGCAGGGCCAAUGGCUCUUCAUUUGCGCCAGAUGCCGGUAUUCUAGGCAGUAGGGUUGAGGGAGAACAGCUCACUUAAAGCUACCAACUGUACGGAAAUGGCUGACAACCAAAAAGUCAAAGCAUUUAUCCUUGUCGUCUCCUCCCGGGGAUAAUGUAUCGUAUAAGGCCUCUUCAUCCUGUCCUACGCAAGACAAUGAGAUAGGUGGCCGAUCACAAAGAACUGCCUACCAACGAAACAGGAAGUACGAUUUUUGGUCAACUAUCACCGGUCCUCUCCAGUACUGCCUCUGCCUCUCCUCAGAAAAUCUCGUCCUUUUCUCCCUCACCCAGAAUGCGGUACACAGAAACUGACCCUACAUCCCUGACAGAUGUCUCGAUGGACGAGGCUAUU